AUGCUUUCAUGUUUUCUCGCUCUGGGGCUCAUGUUUUUACAUGGGUCCGUCGCGCAACAUGAUAAGGACUUGUACUCCUUUGUCACACUUCCUGAAGUCCGAGCCUUAAAAUUCGAGAUGGUACAUAUUGAUCGAGAGCGACAACAACCAGGUUAUUGGUUCGUCGCCCCGUACGGCCAAAUAAAUCCUGAAGCGGCAACCCAGCGGUACACCCAGUACCAAAUUGGACCGUAUAUCUACGAUAACGAUGGGAUGCUCAUCUGGGCAGGAUCGCCAAUGUACGACAAUCGAAAUGUUUUCGACUUCAAAGCGAACUGGAAUAUUGACGACCAUCCCCACCUGUCCUUUAUUGUGCAGCAUGAUGAUCACACCAAAGGAAGCGGAAUGAUUUUGAACACUCACUAUGAGGUCGAACAUGAAGUUGAAGUGUUAAACGACCUUGACGCCUUCAAUAUGCACGAGUUCAAUAUCCUGGAUGGUGGCAAGACCGCUCUCGCUUGCACAUAUCGGACCCAACCAAUCAGCCUUACUGAUUUCGGCCGGCCGAAUGAGGAAACCUGGGCCAUGACUGGUGGGUUUGUCGAGCUGGACGUGAACAACGCCCAUGUCCUCUAUGAAUGGGAUUCCAGGGACCAAAUUUCGGUUCAAGAGUCUGCCGUUAUGAGCGCCACGGACGCCCCAUCGGAUAAACCUGGCACAGACUAUGUACACAUCAACGCCGUCGACAAGAACGAUGCCGGCGAUUAUAUUAUCUCUAUGCGUUUCACCAACACUCUUUAUAUGAUAUCGGGUGUCGAUGGCCAUAUCAUGUGGCGCCUGGGUGGAGAACAAAGCGAUUUCGACAUGGAUUUCACCUUCCAUAAGCAGCAUGAUGUGAAAUUUAUCGAAUCGCACGACACACACCACAUCAUCUCAUUGAUGAACAAUGGUGCAGACGAGGGCAAAGCCGAUGAGUGGGUCUCCGCAGCUCUCUUUAUCGAUAUCGACAUGGUCACUAUGAAAGCCCGAGUUAUCAAGCGCAUCGAAAGACCCGAUGGUGGACUGACCCGUCUACGUGGUAACGUCCAAAAACUUCCAAAUCAGAAUACGUUCGUCGGAUGGAGUCAAUGGGGUUACCACUCGGAACACGCUCCCAACGGCGACCUGCUCAUGUGGGCCAAGUUCUCCUCAGAGCGAUAUUCUAGCUACCGCUCCUACAAGUUCGAUUGGAUUGGCCGCCCUAACACCCCGCCUGAUGUUGUAUCCUCCGUUUACGGCAUAACUUCCAAGGAGAUUUUGACCAUUAUCCACGUCAGCUGGAAUGGUGCUACUGAUAUCGCCCGCUGGAACUUUUACGCUCGCGCCUUUGACAAGGGCGAAAACGUCUUCAUCGGACAUACCGAAAAGUCCGAUUUCGAGACUAUGUACCUCGCAAAUGGAUACAUGGACUUUAUCACCGCAGAGGCGGUUGACAGCGAAGGAAAUGUCCUUGGGGUCUCAAAUCUCCAGCGAACCAACAGACCGGACAACUGGCAAGCCGUCGGUUUCGAGGGGGCUUCACCGAGCCCCGACGACCCCUCCCUUCUAUAUCUCAAUGGCGAGCCUAUUGAGCCCACGGUCGACAACUCCAAAACCUUAACUGACUCUUCAACCGAGCCCUCGAUCGACUCCUCGACCGACGCCUCGACCAAUCCCUCAACAGAACCCCUCGUCGACUCCUCCACUGGGUCCUCUAGUGGCAUCGUCGUUAAACCACAUGAGGCAGUAUAUGCCGAUACGAAGGAAGUCGCCAAAUCUGUUUACAGGGCAUAUGAGGUUCUACGUGGUGUCGAGGCCUUCAUCGUUUUCUUCCUGGUCCUCGGAAUUAUUGGUGGAGCUGUGGUCGGUACACGGAAGUUCCUCCGUCGUCGACAAGUGCGCUCUUAUAAAAAUAUCCCCUCCGAGGAGGGUGGGGAAGCGGGCGAGGCUGUCCCUGUAGAAGAGAUUCCUUUGCAUCGGAACUCGGACGGGUGA